UCCUUCGUUGUCUAGAAACCUCCCUGGCUUCCUUUUACCCCGCCUUGUUGUUUAUUUAUUUAUUUCCUUUUAAUUUAAGAGGGUAUAUUUUAUAUAUCCGUCUUUUUUCAGCGAGUGAAUGACAGUCGGCUCUGAUACAUUUAUGCCUAAGAGCAAAGCCCCGAAAAUGGACGACCUGGACUAUAUCCCGGCUGAUCUGAGUCCCGAGGAGCGAGCGGAGCUGGAGGAGAUCCGUCGGAGGAAAGGAGCGCUCCUGUUGGAGAUCCAGAGGCUGCGGGAGGAGCUGCGGGAGGCCAUGAUGGAGGUGGAAGGGCUGGAGAACAGCACCGAGGGCAGCAAAACACUCCAGAAGAGCCGGCAUGUGGCGAUGGGGAGGAAGAAGUUCAACAUGGACCCCAAAAAGGGUAUUGCGUUCCUGGUGGAGAACGAGCUGCUGCAUCACACUCCGGAGGAUAUUGCGCAGUUCCUCUAUAAAGGGGAGGGGCUUAACAAAACGGCCAUCGGAGACUACCUGGGAGAGAGAGAUGAGUUCAACAUUCGUGUGCUGCAGGCGUUCGUCGAUCUUCACGAGUUUACGGAUCUCAACCUGGUUCAGGCUCUCAGGCAGUUCCUGUGGAGUUUCCGUUUGCCCGGUGAAGCCCAGAAGAUUGACAGAAUGAUGGAAGCUUUUGCACAGAGAUACUGUCACUGCAACCCCGGAGUGUUUCAGAGCACCGAUACCUGUUACGUGCUGUCGUUCGCCAUCAUCAUGUUGAACACCAGCCUGCACAACCCCAACGUCAGGGACAAACCCACCGUGGAGCGCUUCAUCAGCAUGAACCGCGGCAUCAACGAGGGGGGGGACCUGCCUGAGGAGCUGCUCCGAAAUCUGUACGAUAGUAUUAAAAACGAGCCGUUCAAAAUCCCAGAGGAUGAUGGGAACGAUCUGACUCACACUUUCUUUAACCCAGACCGGGAGGGCUGGCUGCUUAAACUGGGAGGUCGAGUGAAAACGUGGAAGAGGCGGUGGUUCAUUCUGACUGAUAACUGUCUGUAUUAUUUUGAGUACACUACAGAUAAGGAGCCGAGGGGCAUCAUCCCCCUGGAGAACCUGAGUAUCCGGGAAGUGGAGGAUCCACGUAAACCUAACUGCUUCGAGCUCUACAUCCCUAAUAACCGAGGGCAGCUCAUUAAGGCGUGUAAAACGGAAGCCGACGGACGAGUGGUGGAGGGCAAUCACAUGGUCUACCGAAUCUCCGCCCCCACGCCGGAGGAGAAAGACGAGUGGAUACACAGCAUCAAAUCAGCGGUGAGCGUGGACCCUUUCUACGAGAUGCUGGCUGCAAGGAAGAAACGCAUCUCCUUAAAGAAGAAAGAAGAGCAGGCUUAGGACCUUUCUUCUUCUCCUCUUCGCCUUCCCUUUAUCCUUUGUUCAUUCCUCCAUCACCUCCACAUCAUUAUUUAUCCCUCCUCUAAGGACUGUUUAUUGGAGGACGGGGCCGACGUGAGCUUCAGUGUUUCAUUCACUCCUUUGUUCGCGCCCUCCAGCGGAGUGUUCACGAAGUUACCCCACUCAGGCUAGGCCCGUUUGCGGGGAAAAAGAAACAAGGUACUCCAGAAGUGUUAUUAACAGGAAGUCUUAAUAGUCCGUAGCGUCCAUACACAGCACUGUAAUUGUAUACUUUUGUGUAAAGAUUAUUCUCUUCAUUAUCGUACCAUCGUCCUGAUACACAACUACUGACUUCAAACAUUGACUACUGUCCAUACACACUACUAGUGCUGGACACUACUUUCAAUACACACUACUAUCACUUUGCCUAGUACCUGCUACAGUCCCUACACACUACUAGAGCUUACUACUGCUGUCUGCUGGUCUUCCUCUCUCUUAAAUUAAAUACUGUGAAACACUCCGUUACUGAAACACACCUCUGUAGAAGUUACUUUAUCAGUCACAUGGAUAUGACAGUAAUCAUCAUCAUCGCCAUCACAUUAGAUCUGUAUUUCUUUAUUUACUUUCCUUUAAAGACACACAAAGGACUAGCUUCCAGGCAAAAGUCAAUGAAGCUUUAUAUUAACUUCUGGCUCUUUGCCAAGUCUCGGAAUGACUUCUACACGCUAAGUAAUUCUCCAUAUGUCCGUUAGAAUAUUGAGAAAUUCCCAGUAAUAUUAAGUGCGUCCUUCUUCCUGUGUAGUGCCGAGACGUGAGAUAAAGGUUCACUCCUCUCUGCACAGGGUUUUAAUUAACUCCUUCUAGUGCACUACAUGUUUAGGGUAUGAAGUAAUAGUUCACGAAACCCCACGCCGUGUACUAUAAUCCCAGCCAAAAAGCAUUCCCUACACUGCAUCGCAUAUAAUAAAUAACAGCUCACAUAGCAACCGAAUUCCCACAAGGGAGUCAUUUGGAAUACAGCUGACUCAUCCCUACAAUAGUACAGGCGCUAGUUAUGCUCGUUAGCUUCUUCAGACAGAAAGCUCGUUGUUGUUAUUCAUGCCGUUUCAGACGCACACAUUAAGCAGUGAGUUAGCUGUGAGUAGAUUUAGUGUCCCUUUAUCACGCAGGUCGCUUUUGGUUUGCUAAAAUCGUGCCUAUAAAAGGCUUUUGUUUUAUUUUCAUCAAAAGCUGUAGCUGCCUAAUAAUCACCCCACAGGGAUCCAGAAGAAUGCUGAUGACCUCUCUUACUGUUAAACAACAGGAAGUCGGUGCUGGCGGGGUGUGACAGUGUUAGCACAGCUUUUUGAAUAGGUCCAUUUAUUCCAAUAUACGGGAAAAUAAGGGUCUAAAAGUAGCGCUGGGGCUACACCCUGAUCACAAAUACAAAGACAUGCCAAAUAAAUCUAGAUGCAGACAUAAUGCGUAGAAAUUUUAAAAACAUACCUCUAUGGAGUUAUUUUUCUGUCAUGUAGAAUCAUAUGGAAAUACAAGUAAGAUUUUCUUUUCCCAUGCAAAUCCAGGUUCCGAUUUAUAAAUUGGGUUUGUCAUUUAUCACUACAAGUCACAGAUUACGAGAGCUCAAGCAUCACUUUAUGUAACAUUUUGAGUUAUGGAGACGGCGUUGAGAUAAAGGUUGCACAUGACUAAUUACAGACACAUAACAGUAAUGAACCGCUAUAAACAAAACAGAAAAUCGCAAUUGACCAUAAACUAUGAACAUAAAUAAUCAAUAUAACAAACGAAACAUUAAAACUAAACUACAAUUGCACUAAAGAUAAAUUAGUAAUGAAAAGUAAACUACUAAUGCAAAAUAGUAACAAAACAUUCACUUCCAACACAAAAUAUAAUUGUAAUCUAAACUAUAAGCAUAAAAUAUUAAUCAACCAUAAACUAUGAACAUAAAAUGUUCAUGAACUGUAAACUACUAGCAUAGCUGAUUAAUGAAAUGUAAACAAUAAACCUAAUGUCAAUAAAAUGUCAAGUAUGAAACAUACACUAUGAACAUAGAGGCACACUACCAACGAAAACAUCAGAAUUAGAAACAGUGUAAUGUAAACUACGAAAAUUAAAUAUUACUGAAACAUAAACCAGAAAUAUAAAAUGCCAACGAAAUCUAAACUACAAACCUAAAAUAUCAACAAAAUCUAAACUACAAACCUAAAAUGUCAAGGAAACAUAAACUACAAAUGUAAAACAACAAGGAAAUAUGUACCCAACCAACACAUGUAAUGAAACGUACCCUACCAAGACAUGUAAUGUAAUCUCUAAAUGUAAAAUGUUAACAAAACGUAAACUAUAAACUUAGGUCAAUUAAAUGUAAAGUAAAAAAAUAAAAUAUCAAUGAAAGUAAUCUAUUAUAUAAACAUAAACUAGUAACGAAACAUACACUACCAACACAAAACAUUAAUGUAAUGUAAACGACGAACAUAAAAUAUCAAUGAAACGUUAAUUACAAACAUGAAAUGUUUAAAAUUUUAAGUUAUAACUACAAACUCAUCAUAGUAAAAAAACAUAUAAUUUACAAUAACAAUAAUUUUUUUUUAUUUUUUUUUUUCUCCCCCAAAAGUUGCAUUUCCAUACAAUUUCUUCAGACGGGAAAUGGACUCCAUACACCUCAUAAGCACAUUAGUGGGCAUGUUUAUUGACACUGCUAGUUCACUCUGAUUGUGGGCUUUGAAGGAGUUUUAUGGCAGCUUAAUGUAUUCCACUUUGUCAUUACUGUUUUGUAAAUAUAUUUAGUAUUUUUUUCCUUAUGCUCGUGGACGUAUUAAUUUAUUGUUUCAUUUCUUUUUUUUAAUGUUUUUAUUUUAAUUUUAUUUUUAUCAUUAUUAUUAUCCAAAUAAAAUUUCAUCGUCAUGGACUGGAGAUGCAUGUGUGCCUGCCGAAUCAGAUACGAUCGCCUCGGCUUCGUUCUUACCGAGAGAGUAUUAUUAGCGCUCCAUAGUUUUCAGACGUAUGUGUUUUAAUUUAGUGUUAGUAUUUGGUGUUCUUGACCUCAACAUUUGCAUAUGAAUUACUUUAACAUAAAAUAAAUUAAUUAAUCAAUCAAUUCUCGCCGUUCAUUUACGUAAAAAGUAAUAAACAUGGAACGCUAAUAUUUCUCUGCAGUAAUUAGCCUUGUGGUUUAAGCUACUAAUUAAUGAGAAUGAAAUGUAGCAGUGUUCCUUGCUUGAUUCUUUUUUUUAUUAUAAUAAUAAUAAUAAUUAUUAUUAUUAUUUCCCUGUUAAUAUGAACAAGUGCUGCUUUAUUUUAUUAUAAAACAUCAAUAUAGCGUAGCCAUGUCUGAAGUUAGAUAGACUCUGUAUUAAAGGAGCAGGCUGUUCUGUAUCAAAGUGCCCUGCAUAUGGAGUGUUACAUUGUUAUGGCUUGUGCGACCUUCGUAGUGCACUUCAUUCCGAUUGGGAUUAGAUUGCACUGUUUUUGACUGAACAAUAUAAUAAACAGGAAAUAGUCUCUUAAUGUAGCAAAGAUACAACACAAGGUUACACAUAUGUACCAGUGCCAGACAAUAAAGUUCAAGACGACCUCACAA